CUCGGACAUACUGACUAUUUCUUAAUAUGGAGAAGAUAAAACUCUAUGUAUAGGGAAUAAGCUAAACAAAUAAAAACCCAAUUCAGAAACCCCAUUGUUUAAUUCUUUAUUGGCUCGGAGAUCAAUAGGGAGAUCAAAGCAUGGAAGAUCGGAUUAUUUAGGUAUGUUGACGUAUUCCCCGAAAAAGGCUCAAACCGUUGCGACUAGCGGUAAUUUGCUGUCACUUGUCACCUUUUUCUCUUACCUUGUUUUGUCCACAUCCAUCAUCUCUUUUAUCGGUAAUAACAAGGAAGAAAAAAAGGAAAAGUCAAUUCUGACACCAAGAAAGCUACGAAUAUCAACUUAAGAAUCAUGAAGCGCUCGUAGAUUUUCUUUUUUUUCUAUGUUCUUCUUCAUCUUCCUGCCUUUUUCACUCUUUUCAUUAAUUGUUUUUCUCUGUUGCAUCUUUGUUAAUGAAUUCAACUCUUAUUUCGGCAUGAAUAAGCUCAUGAAAAAACGAAAUUACCCCACAAGGGGAAAAACUUGUGCGUUCGAUGCGAUUUCCUAUGAAUAGAUACAUAAGUUCCCUUUUGAUAAAUGUAUCAAAUUGGUUUUAUGUAUUUUUUCACCUAGGACUUUCCCCGGAUCCGUUUCAUAGAGUCUUCCUCUACUCACACAAUCUUAUACUUCGCCUUCUGAAGAAUUGGCGCUUAAACAAAUUGCAUUUCUUAGAGGCUCCUGUGUGUCUUCUUUUUCCAUUGUAUUGACAAAUUUUGAAUUAGUGGUUCGAAUAUCGUUCAAUAAUCCUUCUAUCAGUUUUGUAGACUUUUUCCUGGAAACCAACCAUCCAUUGUAGUCUCGUUUUCCUCUUUACUUGUGGGGUUUCAGUAUCAAAAUCCUCUUUUCCUUUGUUCCCCAUCUGUUUCAUCAUCUAAGCGAUAGUGUCCCUGUACCCUGAAAUUGAUAUCGAACCGUUUUGCCGUGUAAGCGCCCUUGCGCUCCGAUCCAGGGAAUCUGCAAACAAAGUCCUUCCUUCUACAUUUUCACCGAAGUUACCUCGUAAAGGCAUUUGUCGCUGUUCGUACUUUUCAGCAGUUUCGCAUUGAAAAAAAAAGAUCGCUCGCUCACCCACGCACCCUCUCAAAUUCAAUCUUUGUUUUUGAUAACGAAAACGACAGAGGAUCAGUACGGCAUAUUUCGAUCGUGCAUUCAAACCCUUUUUAGCUGGUUUUUUCUUUGCAAUUGCUGAAAGAGGUUUCAUUUUUUUUACGUUUCUUUCCAUUUGCCAAGCCAAGUAGAAAGAGUUGUCUCGCUUUUUGCUUUGGUUUGUUUGCGCAUCCUGUUUCAGGCUGGUUUGCUUGUUUGUUCGCUUGUUUGGUUUCACAGUUGCAUUAUUGCAUUGUUGACUGGCUUUCAAUAGGCGAUUCUGUUCUGUUUUUGUUUUCAAGUUUGAUUAACCUUUCCUAACCUUUACUCUUUUUACGAUCCCUCUGUUUCUUUUUCAAAUACACCCUUCUGACCCAGUAUACUAUUUCAACGCCUUUAUUCCCUAAAUUUGCUUCUUUUCUCUUGCCUUUUCCAAUCUCUUUGGUCAUUUUCUUCUCUGCAUUUGUUCAACCUCGAUUUUUUUUUUCUUUUUGCUAAUUCUACUGUAUUUACUUUAGAUGACUUCUACCCGAUCUGAACAGGGGUCCAUCCCCGAACCUAGUUUUGAAUUUUCUUCUAACGCUUCUUAUAAACAAGAAUAUCCUUCCACGAAUCCAGCACGGCAAGAUAUGUCGUUUGACCCCUCAAACGGGUUGCAUGAUCAUGAAUCUCCAUUUGAGUCCAUGGGCGAGGAUUCCUCUCGAUGGGAUAGCCCCUCCCAAGAUAACUCUGCUUCGAUCCCCAUGAUCAGUGAACCCAUGAGCCAUGGAAAAACAACCCUUUGGAUGGGUGAACUGGAGCCAUGGAUCAAUGAAAUGUUUAUCCAACAAGCUUGGGCUUCUCUUGGUCAUAAUGUCAUUGUGAAGCUGAUUCGUAAUAAAUUCACUGGACUCAAUUCCGGCUAUUGCUUUAUCGACUUUAGUACUCAUGAAGAAGCCGAAGCGGCCAUGGACUAUAAUGGGAAACCCCUCCCUGGAACCAACCGACUCUUCAAGCUCAACUGGGCAUCUGGAGGAGGAAUCAGCAAUUCUUCUUCUUCAAAAGCUCCCGAAUAUUCUCUUUUUGUCGGUGAUCUGUCACCUUUUGUUACAGAACGAAUGCUGUUCUCCUUGUUUUCGUCUGCGUAUCCUUCCUGUAAAUCAGUCAAAAUCAUGAUGGAUCCUAAUACUCAUAAUUCUAGAGGAUACGGCUUUGUCCGGUUCACCGACGAAAACGACCAAAAGCGCGCUCUUUCUGAAAUGCAGGGAAUGCUUUGCGGGGACCGACCUAUUCGAGUCGGAAUGGCCACUCCGAAAUCAAAGGCUCAAGUCAUCAGCCCCGUUGGCUUAAUGCCCGUAAAUCUUCAGCCAUUAAGCUUCUACAAUCCUUCGCAGCCAAUGCAGCAGUACUCUGAUACUACCAACUCUACUGUUUUUGUAGGCAGUCUCUCAAAAAACGUCUCCGAGAAUGACCUUCAUGCGCUGUUUCAAAACUUUGGUGAUAUCACGUAUGUUAAAAUUCCUCCAGGAAAAGGCUGCGGGUUUGUGCAGUUUGUAAGUCGUCAAUCUGCAGAACUGGCAAUAGCUCAAUUGCAAGGGUAUCCCUUAGGUAAUUCUCGGAUCCGUCUCUCUUGGGGAAGAAACCAGAAUUCCUCUCUUAAUCCUCCUCCUGUUGUAGCUUACCAUUCACAGGUCUCGCCUGCUCCCCUUUUCCCUACCGUUGGUAUGCCUGCUCAGGCUCCUUUCAGUCCUUUUACGGCAAUGGCACCGUCGCCCUUAGCAAUGCCAGCUGUCGCUCCAAUGAAUUUGGAAGUACCGAUGCAGUCUUCUUCUUACCUUUCUGAGCAAGCGUAUGUUCCAAGUCCAUCGAAUCCAAUCUCCCCCGGCGCCGCCAUUAGUCCUGUGAUGUCUCCUUUCCAGCCUUGAGACACUAACAAGAAGGCUAACGUCCGUUUCAAACCAUGUCCAUAAUUUAUAUAACUGGUUCUUUUUUAAUUAUUUGCUUCUUAUUCUAUAGCUUUAAUUCGUCCAACCUGAUGGCAUAUUUUUCAAUAUUUAUUGGAUCUCGCACUGCACAUAAGGAUAAUCCAUUUCAAAACUGCUUAAACAUGUAGUAAUAAAACAAGAAAAUAAAGUUGGAAGUUUGCAGAAAAUGGUGUCGAAAUUUUUGUUUUCGGCAAGGCAAAGAUUCGGAACUUUCACGCGCACUCAUAUCCGAAAAGUUUAGUAAAACAAAAGAUCCUGCUUAUCGUCAAUGUGCUGCUUGAGGACCUUCUUUGAAAAGAUCUUUUGCCAGAAAUCAGGUAUGGUUUAUAUCUACAUCGAAUAAUAUGUUUAUAUACUAGCUGGCGUCAAGGUAGAAAGGUACUCACGCUGCUUACUUCAACUCUGCAGGAAUUCCCUAUAAUGUAUAUAAUUUGCCAGGCGUCAACAUAUGAAAGACUACGGUCAUCUUUUUGGUUUUUUUGAAAGCAUACUUUUGCCUGUAAACAGUCCUGGUUACCAAGUAGGUCUGUUUUGAUACUGUGAGUAAUCACGGCCCUUGCAUUUUAACUACUUUUCUAUCAGGAAAGACAUUACUUUAGAAAUCAACAAGGUACUACUAUAUUGGAUUUUUGACGUUGAUAUCGUCUAUGUGAACUUUUUGUUUAUGAUACUAUCGUCAGAUUUUAUGCGAAUGUCUUUUCUUAUGAUAUUUUUUACCUUGUCUGAAAAAAAAAGAGCAAAAAGAGUUAUUUGCACCUUUUGUAAAUUGAAUUUGAUUACUUUUUUUGAUGAAAGGACUUUUAUUUUUGGUAGGUUUCCAUACUUUUAAAUAAUUCUUUUCCUAAAUUCAAUAGUUAUUGUUUCUCUGAAUUGC